AUGAAAAUAUAUGAACAUACGAAAAAAGCGGAUGUGUGGGAGGAAAAGCGGAUGAAUGUGGUGAAUUUGCAUAGCCGGAGGAGGAAAAAGAAACAAAAUUUAUGGGAGAACGUUAGUGUAAAGUUGAAAAGGUUUCUUGAGCACGGAUGGGUGGUGUUAAACGAAGGAAAGCGAAAAUCAUGUGCGGGGGUGGGUCGGCUCCGGUUGAGAAUGGUGAUGAGUUGA